AUGCUGCUAUUUUUUAAUAUUGUUUAUUAUAACAUACCUUUUCUUUAUAUUUUCACAGGAGCUUGUGAGGGCAAUGAAAGCGACAACAAUAACAACAACGCUAUUGAGGCCGGUGCCACGCCCUCGCUUCGCGAAAGACGAGCGGUGGGAAUGCUGAGAUUGGGUCGUGGAGUGCAGAUGCUGCGCUUAGGAAAGCGUGCUCCUUACGAUGAUCUCAAGACGAUGGUGGCUACAAUCCUGGGCCGUCAAGAACAGCAAUUCAAUCGACAGGCGCCCUUGCCCCGAUACGGUAAAGAAGAAGGUCUAUUAACCGAUACCUAUACACCCGAUUCUCCCUCUCAAGUCUCCCAGCUCCUGAGAAGGUCUUAUUUCGAAGAUGACGACCUUUUGCCCCAACAGGCGCCUGUACCUCGUUUGGGAUAUCUUCAGAAGCGAUCAGCUGAAAUUCGUCAUGCACCUCUACCCCGCUACGGGAAAGGUCCUGAUUACGAAGAUCUUAGUAACGAAGUGACCAGCGAAGAUGGAGGCGUUGACCAUGAGGAUGAAAACGCUAGCGACUCAGUGAGCUCUGAAAUGUUUGAGCGCCAACCUCCGCUGCCUCGUUAUGGCAAGGAUGAAAUAGCCGGCAUUGAUUGUGAAGCCUACGACGAAAGCGGGAAUUGCCUAAGGUUUGACGACAUCGAGAAGAAAGACGUCAGAAUGCUACGCAUGGGGAGACAGGUAAACAUGUUACGCAUGGGCAAAAGAGCUCUCGGCAUGCUACGCAUGGGUAGAAACGGUGGUGAUAAACGAGCUGUGUCCAUGCUACGUCUAGGACGUAGUGACAACGUCGAAGAUUCCAAACGUGCUCUGGCUAUGUUGCGUCUGGGAAGAUCAGGAGAAAAGCGUGCCGUCUCGAUGUUGCGCCUCGGGCGUAGCGGACUGGACGAAGAAAGUAUGCCAAGUGAGGAACAGAAGCGUGCCCUAGCGAUGUUGCGUCUUGGACGUAGCGGUAGCGAAGAGCAGAAACGAGCUGUGUCCAUGCUACGUCUCGGCCGCAGUGGAGAAGGCGACCAAAAAAGAGCUGUCUCCAUGUUACGUCUCGGACGUAGCGGCCCUGAGAGUCAGAAGAGAGCAGUGUCGAUGUUACGACUUGGAAGAAACUCCCCAGUCUCUGAUGCAGAAAAACGUGCAGUUUCAAUGUUACGUCUCGGGCGCAGUGGAUCCGACGAGGAAAAGCGCGCAGUGUCAAUGCUACGUCUCGGUCGUAGCGCUGAAGAAGAAGCAGACAAGAGAGCCGUGUCGAUGCUUCGCCUCGGGCGCAGCGGCUCAGUAGCUGAUAAACGAGCGGUCUCUAUGCUACGUUUAGGACGUAGAAACCAGGGAGCCGAUGCUGAAAAAAGAGCCGUUUCUAUGCUACGUCUUGGGCGUAGAGAUCCUGAAUCAGAUGAGUCUAAACGGGCGGUUUCCAUGUUACGUCUUGGACGUAGCGGGCCCGAGCCGGAUGAAUCGAAACGAGCUGUAUCUAUGUUACGUCUCGGGCGUAGCGGUCCUGAAACGGAAGAGUCGAAACGAGCGGUUUCCAUGUUACGCCUCGGACGUAGUGACGAAAAAUUCAGUGCGGAUAAGCGGGCUGUUUCCAUGUUACGAUUGGGCAGGAGUGAUAAAAUUACCGACGAGGACAAACGUGCGGUUUCAAUGUUACGUCUCGGACGUAGCGACCAUGUCACAGACACGAAACAAAGCUGA